CUUUUUAUUUCGUAAAAAUGUGUCAAUUCAUUUUUAACAAUUUAAUUUAACCAAUUCAUUGGGGCGACGUCUCGUUCAACAUAACUGAGUUCGUCCUAUUCACACUAGUCCUCAAAUAAAAGUUCCCAUGAUUCCGAUACAAAAGCGGUAAUAGCCCUUCACUAAAUUUAAAAAAUACACUUCCGUACUGUUUAUUGUAUAAGAUCACUCUACCGUUUCACCCAUCCCACAUUUUUGGGUUUUCUUCCCAAACACCGCUUGUGAUUGUGACCCUACAGGAUGUAGUUUUCGACAAUCGCUAACAGGUGGAGCUACUUGCCCUGCAGGCAGGACGGUCGAUUGUGCUUAUCGCGAUCGUCGUGUCCGCGCGGGUGACGUUUCUGUUCAUGUUUCGCUGUCAAAGUCAUUUGAGAAUGUCUAAUUGUGUGAAAUAUUAGUGUCUUUAUUUCGAAUAAAUAGCUCGUGAUCGUUAACUGAUUAUUUCGUCAGUGUUAUAAGUCAGAAUCGCAGCUAAUUAGCACAGUAACGAUAAAGUUGCAGCGUCUAGGUUCGGUGGCGGCCAUUUUAUUUGCCGGCUGUGUUCAUUCGUGCCGUGCCCAUCUCGACGAUACGGGGCAAUAACGAGCGGGGCCAGUCAGUUGGCAUUUUCGCGAGUAGAGCGGAGGUGUCUCUAGUUUUUAGCGUUUAAGCAUUCAAUUUAAACACAAAAGUGCAUAAAAAUGACGACAAACAUGCAGCAAGGAACGAUUCUGGACGUUUUGAAAAGAAAAAUGCGCCAGACAAAAGAGGAAAUGGAGAAAUAUAAGGACGAAUGCGAGGAGUAUCACAAACGUUUACAAGUGGAAAUUAUGCGGAGAGAAGAAGCUGAGUCCGAAGUGGCUGCCCUCAACCGACGCAUCCAACUGCUGGAGGAGGACCUCGAAAGGUCCGAGGAGCGUCUCGCCACCGCCACCGCCAAGCUCUCAGAGGCCAGCCAGGCUGCCGAUGAGUCGGAACGAAUACGGAAGGCGUUGGAGAAUCGAACCAAUAUGGAGGACGACCGCGUCGCCAUCUUGGAGGCACAGCUGUCGCAGGCCAAGCUCAUCGCCGAAGAGUCCGACAAGAAAUACGAAGAGGUGGCGCGCAAGCUAGUGCUGAUGGAGCAGGACCUCGAGAGGGCCGAGGAGCGCGCCGAACAGAGCGACUGCAAAAUCGUCGAGCUUGAGGAGGAACUCCGUGUCGUUGGUAACAACCUGAAGUCUCUGGAAGUCUCCGAGGAGAAGGCUACGCAAAGAGAAGAGACAUACGAGGGUCAAGUAAAAUUGCUGGACGCUCAACUGAAAGAGGCUGAGGCGCGCGCUGAAUUUGCUGAGCGCUCUGUGCAGAAACUCCAGAAGGAGGUCGACAGGCUUGAAGACGACCUGGUGGCCGAGCGCGAAAAGAGCAAACUCCUGCAGGAGGAGAUGGAGGCCACGCUGCACGACAUACAGAACAUGUGAACUCCCGCCACUGUCCGCCCCGCUCGCCUCGCUCGCCUCGCUCGCCCGCACUCUCGCCAACCACCUAACCAUUGGCCCUCAGAUCGCAUAGUGCACGGUGUGCUCCUACAAAAAGUUUUUAUUCAAUUGACAUAUUUUCCAACCAUUCUUGCAAUUCAGAGAGACCUAGUGAGUCGAGCGGGCGCCUAGAUGUUAUUAGCUAUAGAAUAAUUGCCAGCCGCUUUUUAUUUGUAACUUCAAAAUCGAGUGUUUGCUACGAAAGCACUGCCAUGUGCAAUUUUUUAUUACAUCCACAAAUUACUAAUAUUUAUGUCCGUAUAGUUGAAGCGUGUAAUUUGUUUAUAGUCAUUACUUUACGAGCGUGCCUGUUAUGUCUAUGAUCGAUAUUUAUAUGACGUAUGCAGUAACCGCUUCUCUAGCACUCUUAGUGUAAGGUAUAAAUGAUAAUAUCGACAUUCCAAAAGGGGUCCAAAAAUGUUUAACGUUUUACAAUCAACUUAAAAGACAUUUAGCAUUAUUUAUAUAAAAUGCACAUAGUUUUUGUACAAUAUUUAAAUUGUCUAUUUGUAGAACAAAUUAGUUGCUGUAUUCUGUUUCGAUUUUUUCACUCGAGGGAUAGUGCAUACAAUACGUGGUAUGCUAUAUUUUUCAUAUGCACUGUUUGCAAUUAAUUAUGAACUUAAUUUACUUAAUGUUAGUGAAGAGAUUAGAUAUUUUUAUUCAAGAGUGACGGUAAUAAAAUAAAUAAUGAUAUUUAUAGGAAUAUUCUUGCUAAAUUGGAAAUAAUUGAUAUUCUAUAUUAUGUUUGAAGAAUGAUUUUCUCGUGUCAUAAUUGAGUUUGUUGUUAUUUAUUUAAAUUAAUCGAUGAAGACGUAUGUUGUCAGCGACAUCGCUACACCACACCUACAUUGGGGCGUUAUCUACAAUAUUAUUUAGGAAAUCUUUAGUUGUCAUUAACACCUGCAUAAGGAUAUCAUCUAUGUUAUUUCGUAAAACUGAAAAACUUUAGAAUACGAAUGGUAAAUGAAUCGAUAUCGAUAAAUGCAUAAGCUUUGUGCCUUAGAGAACGUUGGCGCGUUACCUGAGAUACAUUGUAGACUGCACCCAAUGCAGGUGGAGCUUAGUGGUGUUGUUGACAAUGAACGGAUGAAUAAAUGGCUAUUCCAAGUAGUGCGUAAUGUGCUGGCAAUACCGCGGUGGUACAGGCUGGGCCGGGCCGGGCGUGUGACGCGCGGCCUUGCGCGGGUCUGUCGUACCCACACACUCGUCCCACACAUACAGAACGUAGGGAGUCCGUCUUUUUAAUGUUAUCGAUUAAUGAAUUGAUAGAUAAGUUCGUGAAAAAUAAUUUAAUGAUUUAUAAGAGUAUUCUAAUAAAAGUGUUUAUGAAUAUAUAUUAUUAUUUUU